AUGGAUGUGGGUGGCACUCGUGAGUUUAUAUCUACUGUUGGUGGCUUCGGUGGCACUCGCGAGUUAAUAUCUGCUGCUGUUGGUGGCUUUGGUGGCACUCGCGAGUUUAAAUCUGCUGUUGGUGGCUUUGGUGGCACUCGUGAAUCAAUGUCUACUACUGGUGGUACUCGCGAGUUAAUAUCUGCUGCUGUUGGUGGCUUUGGUGGCACUCGCGAGUUUAAAUCUGCUGCUGGUGGCUUUGGUGGCAUUCGUGAAUCAAUGUCUACUACUGGUGGUGCUCGCGAGUUAAUAUCUGCUGCUGUUGCUAGCUUUGGUGGCACUCGCGAGUUUAAAUCUACUGGUGGUGGCUUUGGUGGCACUCGUGAAUCAAUGUCUACUACUGGUGGUACUCGUGAGUUAAUAUCUGCUGCUGUUGGUGGCACUCGCGAGUUUAAAUCUGCUGGUGGUGGCUUUGGUGGCACUCGUGAAUCAAUGUCUACUACUGGUGGUACUCGCGAGUUAAUAUCUGCUGCUGUUGGUGGCUUUGGUGGCACUCGCGAGUUUAAAUCUGCUGUUGGUUGCUUUGGUGGCACUCGUGAAUCAAUGUCUACUACUGGUGGUACUCGCGAGUUAAUAUCUGCUGCUGUUGGUGGCUUUGGUGGCACUCGCGAGUUUAAAUCUGCUGUUGGUUGCUUUGGUGGCACUCGUGAAUCAAUGUCUACUACUGGUGGUACUCGCGAGUUAAUAUCUGCUGCUGUUGGUGGCUUUGGUGGCACUCGCGAGUUCAAAUCUGCUGCUGGUGGCUUUGGUGGCACUCGUGAAUCAAUGUCUACUACUGGUGGUGCUCGCGAUUAA